AUGCUCUUACCAAGAAGUCCACCAAAUAUUAAUCCAAUCACUUUUUUUAUUUCAGCUUCAUAUCUUGGUAUCUUCAAGAAAGAUAUCAAGAUUGAAAAUCCCAAAAGAGAAAUUGUGGCAGUUGAAGAAGUGGGAUUCUGCAAAGAUGAAUCAGGAAACAAAGUCUUGGGAAGCUUUCAGUUCGCCAAGGUUGAAAGAACUGGACAAGUAAACUUGAUAUCACCUGAAAAUGAUAAGCAUGUCUUGUCCAUGAUUGCUCCACAGGAAGCUGCCAUUUUAAUCAGAGUGAAACAACUGUGA